AUGUCAAUAUCUAAUUGGAUGCAAGUCGGUCCGCUCGCAAUUCUCAUAAAUAUGAACCCAAUAAAUUAUUCUGAUGUUUUUUGGUACCACGCAACGCAAUUUGAUGUUGAUUCGAUCAUCGAAAUGCUAUGUCAAAUAUUACCACUCGCAAAUCUCGCUUUACCUGAAAAAUACCCCGAAACUUUAGAAAAUAUCAAAAAUCGAAUUCAAAAAAUGUCAGAACCCGACAACGACUUCAACGUUAUUGAAACAGCACUAAUAGUUAUCAGAUGGCUCGUUAACAACAAAAUUUUAGCAUUAAAUACUUUAAAUCUUCAAUAUGACAAUUCUUCUUUAAAUUUAAUGGUUCUCCGAAUAUGGUCCGAUUAUGUGGCCUAUGGAGAUCUUAGUAUCAUUCCAAUUCUUGAAAAUACUAACUCAAAACAAUCAAUGAAAAUUUAUGCCCGCAUGUUUGUAAACGCAGUCAAGAAUCCAUCGUUUAAUAUCAACACAAUCGAGAUACCGCACUGGCUUGUCUAUUCAAUCAAGUCUGAAGCGAAUGGCAAAUCUGACAACGACCAUCCUUCAAUUUUGACGCUAACUGUUGAAGAAAUCGAGGCAUUUACAGAGGUUGCGAACAUGCUUCCGACAUGGUUUUACGUCCACGCCCUUCGCGCGAGAAUUAAGAAUACAGAUUACCAGUUACGAAUCAUUUCAUUGAUAGAGAAGAUCCCCAUUAGAAUAUUCGAAGCCUACUUUGAUGAUUUUGUUGAUUUCGUGAUCUGGUGUUUAAGAUUCCAAAAUUUAAUUAAUCCUCUUGAAGAAUUACUUCUUAAUCUGUCAUGUUUUUACUACAAGAAGGUCAAUAUACUAAUAUCUCGUAUCUGCGAGACCUUUGAUUACUUUAAUGAAACAAAUAUUUCAUCUCGUUUGAAUAUUCUUUCAGUUCUUGGGAGAUUUGGGGACAUUACCUUACUACAAACAGUAUUUGAUACAGUUUGGGAGAUAAUUCCGACGAUGCAACUAUCUAUCUCAUUUGUUUUGUCACUUAUCAAGUUUUGCGACUCAUUUGCAGGUGACUGUGAUGAUAUAUAUGACAAAGUCAUUGCAAUAGCCCUCGCCCCUUUGAUUGUUUACCUCAAUUCUCAAGAUUACGAAUUUCUUGAGGAUUCCAUUCAAUUACAGACCUUGAUAUCGUCUAUUCGGACCUUUUAUUCCGUCAUUUCCUCAGAUAUCAUUGUUUGUCCUUCUUAUUCAAUCAAAGAUUCUUUUCCUUUGACGGCUAUUUCGAUGCAGCUGCUUUGUGGCAUGCAUAUAAGACUUUCUGUGAUGAACUACAUCAUUUAUAACAUCCACAGUCUUCAUGUUGCAGCUCCAGAACAAAUUAUUGGUUUCAUUUUCAAAUGCGCACAGAAUUUACUGCCAUUACAGAUACAGACGUGCUUAAAUAUCAUAAGCCAACACACUAAUUGUGGUCUUGGAAGCAUUGGAUAUAUUAUUAUUUCAACAUUUUUGUCGAAAUUCCCAGCUUUCGCAUCGUUGAAGGCAAAUUUCAUUGGCCCGAUAUCGGAGUUGCCAAAAGACUCCAAUGUAACAAGGAUAAUAAUGAAAUUAAACCCUGCAACGAAGCCAUUACUGACAAUGAAACCUUCUUUGCUGUUUUUGAUGCUGGAAAGAUGGAGUGGAAAGCCGGAUGAUAUAAUAAUCGGUGCAAUAAGGAAUUGUAUCAUUAAUUCAAAGGAUUCUGAGGAAAUUCGGUUGUAUCGAUCGUUUUUAUACGCUUUGGAUGCGAAACAACCACCAGAAAAGAGUAAUUCUUGCCACUUCGCUGCGGAUUUCACUGCAAAUGAAAUAAUUGCCAAAAAUUUCUUCAAUGAAAUUAUGAAAUCUAAGUCAGCAAGUGAAGCAAUCACAGUAUUUGGCCAACACUACCCAUUGCCAGUCAUUUACGAUGAUAACGAAGUAGAUUUAGUGGCGAGUUUAGUCAAAAUGUACAAAAGAGUUCCAGUUUGCCAUUCUUCGCUAAUACAGCUCGUAAAACUCCUUGGAGAUAAAAUUUCUUCAUCGAUUUCUAACUCAAAACCUUUACUUAGGUUCACAAGAUCAAUGGGAAUAAAUCGAGUGAUAAACGAGCCACGUGACGAGUUCUGUAAGCAACUUGCCGUAAGGUUAGGUCACGUGAAGCUCCAAAAUUCUCAAAAUCAUGACGAAAACGAAGAUGAAAAAUUUAUUGUCGACAUGUUGAUCGCAAAUGGGACAAAAAGCGAUGAAAUAUACAAAAAGUACAAUUCUGUCAUUCUUGCGACCAAAUUCCUUGAACACGGAACUAAUUUGGAGCUAUUAAAAUUAUCUUUGAGUACAAACAUCGCUUCUGUAAAGGUCAAAGCUCUUAACAUGCUCCCUUCGAUGGAAAUCAGCGAAAUUUCAGAUGUUUGUUCGUCUUCAUUGGCUGAAGAUGCAAUAAACUCUUUAGAUUUAGCGAUUCCAACCGCAGCAGGCGCAUUCUAUUGCAUAUUGCAAAUUUAUGACAAUGGUUACUCCUUUCUUGCAAAAUGCGUAAGCGCAAUAAUAUUAAAUAUCACUAGAAAUUGCACUUUUUCUUCAGCAAUGUUGUCACUUUUAUUUGUAAAGUGCUCAAAUUUAAUUGAAAAAAUUGAGUCCUCAAAAGCAAAGAAAGCGAUGCUGAAGCUGAUAGAAAACUACAAAUUAGAGGAGCAAAGUCUAUUAUAA